ACGGAUUAGUCAAGAGUCCUUCUACAGUGAUGAGAAAUCAUCUAUUAUAAGCCGAUCCAGCUACUCCGCCCCCCGGGAUUAUGCAAGCUCGUAUGCCCGAUUUUGAUCAGUCGAGUGCCCGCUUCCGACCGUCUCGGAUCCAGUGCAAAGAUGUCAGCCGGCAUCGGCAUGGCAUCAACAAGUGGGCUGGGUAUGUUUCUUGGUGACGAGAAAAACGCGCCGUUGCCGAGGGCGGGGGAUCUCGGGGGCAUCUCCGUCUCGGGCGACGGCGGAGCAUUCACGUUCAAGAAGUUUUCAGCGUGCCAUUCAUACCAGACUUGGCGCUGGUUGGUCAGUCUCCAGAUAUUCACCUGGAGCUCAGAGUUACUUGGAAGAUACAGCGGUACUUUGAACGGGAAGAAGAGUGGGAACCAGCUGAGCAUGUCUUUGGAGAUCCGGUCCUUCCGUUGAGGGUGAAUGCUCAGCCCGAUAUUGCCGUACAACACGGCCUCAAAGUAACCCGCCAAACCA